UUAGAUGGGUUUUCCAGUGACGCGAUACACAAAGUACCGAGCAAGUUUGAAUCUGUUUGAAAACAGGCUGUAAGUCUUAGUUGCACGGCGAGCAUGGGGAAGCGAUUUCUUUUCGGAGUUGUUUGUGUAUUGGUUGUCUUGAACCUAGGGCUUAUUGUGACGAUGAUUAUGAUAGCACCUUUACCCCAAUCUACCGAGCGGGAGGAUACGCCCGAGCACACACCUGAGCGAUACUCGAACACAACUCGGCGGCAUCAGUCCAAGAGAUGGAAGAAAAUGAUACGCCACGUUCAGAAAGAGCAGGCACAUCAUAUCGACAUUAUGAAGAAACUUGAAAAGAAAGUGAAAAGGAUGGACGACAGAACUAUGCCUGCCGUUGCACACCUGUUCUUGAAUAAAGCCAAGACUCUAAAGAACUCAGACGGGACCCUCGUGUGGCGAUCCUCUCUGAAACUAGAUAACAGGAACGUGAUUUUCGGUGGCAUCAACAGCGACGACAACGGCAUUUUCAGCGUGACUCGCGCCGGCGAAUAUCUCUCCAUGGGUCACAUCUGUUUCGACACAUAUAAAAACGACAUUGUGAACUCCACGUUCAUUGAGAUAGUGUUCAAAGCGUCGUCCUCUGUAUUGAGCCCUGACAAAGAAUUCAACAAUGACGAAGUAUUGGCGGACAAGGUUUUGCUUGAGAGCAAAUCCUAUUUGUCAACAAGUUUUAUGAGUUUACGUAAAUUCAAAGAAAAUGAAAGAUUCCGGUUCAAGUUCCUAAAAAGUGUGUAUGCAGAAUACAUUCAUGCUGAUGAAUCAGAGUGCAGUUCACUGACCAUACUUAAAGUAGGUUAAACUCUCAGUGUGUCUUAGGACCGCAGGAUCUUGUUGAAGUUUUAUACAGGAAGUCAGAUUCCAAUGUGUGGUUCUGGUGUCACCCGCCGUGAUAUUGCGGGAAUAUUACUAAAAGCGGAGACCGCCUCCGUGGUCUUGUGGUAGAGCG